AUGGAAGGUCUCUCCACUAAAGCUGUGUUCACUUUUGCACUGUUUGUCAGGGCUCCUGAUAUCGAUUUAUCCGAACUGGAGAGCUUGUUCUCCACUGCAGUUGUAACCAGCACAAGUGAAAAGGGGGCAACAAGACAUGGUUCAGCUAUUAACAAGCCAGAAAUUGUUCACCUGGUUGACAUGCGACGAGCAAAUAAUUGUGAGAUAAUGCUUACAAAAAUUAAAAUGCCUCUACCUGAUAUGAUUAAUGCAAUUUUGGCUCUCGACACUUCUGUUCUCGAUAAUGACCAAGUGGAGAAUCUCAUUAAGUUUUGCCCUACAAAAGAAGAGAUCGAGAUGUUGAAGGGUUAUAAUGGCAACAAAGAAAUGCUUGGGAAAUGCGAACAGUUCUUCCUGGAGCUGAUGAAAGUUCCACGUGUAGAGGCCAAGCUAAGAGUUUUUGCUUUCAGAAUUACUUUCUCAACACAGGUAGAUGAGUCAAGAACUAACCUAACCACCAUAAACGAUGCAACAAAGGAGGUCAAAGAGUCUCUGAAGUUACGACAGAUAAUGCAGACCAUUCUCACACUGGGGAAUGCACUAAAUCAAGGGACAGCACGAGGAUCUGCUGUUGGCUUCAGAUUAGACAGCCUUCUUAAACUGUCGGAUACUCGAGCUAGAAAUAAUAAAAUGACGCUGAUGCAUUAUUUAUGCAAGCUUCUUGCUGAGAAAAUGCCUGAACUUCUUGAUUUUGACAAAGACCUAAUUUAUUUGGAAGCAGCUUCCAAGAUCCAACUGAAAUUGCUUAUGGAAGAAAUGCAAGCAAUAAACAAAGGUCUUGAGAAGGUGGAGCAGGAGCUAGCUGCUUCAGAAAGUGAUGGUGCAAUUUCAGUUGGCUUUCGUAAGGCAUUGAAAAGCUUUCUUGAUGCAGCAGAAGCUGAGGUUAGGUCCCUCAUUUCCUUGUAUGCUGAAGUGGGAAGAAACGCUGAUUCGCUAGCUCAGUAUUUUGGUGAGGAUCCUGCACGCUGCCCGUUCGAGCAAGUGACAUCAAUUUUGGUUAUUUUUGUGAAUAUGUUCAAAAAAUCACGUGAGGAAAAUGCUCGAAACGCGGAGGCUGAGAAAAAGAAACUGGAAAAGGAAAAGGAAAAGGAAAAGGCAAGUGUGUCUGCUAAAUAA